AACGGCCAGCAAUAAAGCAGAGCGGGAGAAAGGGAUAUGCUGAUUGGUCGGGAGGAUUAUAUGUACAGAGGAGGCCCCGCCCUAACGGGAAGUGUGUGCCUGAACCACGUGCGUGCUGUAUGAUGGAGAGCUCUCCGGUGUCGCAGUCUCUCAGUCCUCCCCGCUGCCCUCAGACUGAGUUCCGCUUUAGUGACUCUCCCAGUAUGGAGCAAAUCCGCCAGCGACAGGCUCAGUUCACAGCAGAGAGAGACUGGAACCAGUUCCAUCAACCGCGGAACCUCCUCCUGGCUCUGGUUGGGGAGGUGGGCGAGGUGGCAGAGCUCUUUCAGUGGCAGGGGGAGGUCUCGGAAGGUCUCCCCGGCUGGUCGCAGUCUCAGCGGGAGUCUCUCUCUCAUGAGCUCAGCGAUGUCCUCAUCUACCUGCUGGAACUGGCAGAGAAAUGUCAUGUGGACCUCCCACGCGCUGUCCUUGCCAAGAUGGAGUUGAAUGCGGCGAAGUAUCCGGCCGCUCGGGUCCAGGGGAGCGCCAAGAAGUAUACGGAGUACAGCUCUGCAGAGAACGGAUCCGCCGGCAGUCCCAACCAAUAGCGGUUCCUGUA